GAUUGGUGAGCAGAGACUGACGUCUUGCGGUUGUGUUAAAUAUUUGUUCCCCCGUAGAAAUCCUCCCACCCACCCACCCACCAAAAGUCAAAUGUGGAGGUGGGAGGGUGGACAUUCAGGGAGAUUGCCCGGGGGCAGCAAGUGAAGGGUCGCGCCCAGCCCAGGCAGGGGACACACGAUGGGCGGCGGCGGCAGCAAGUGGAGGAAGGCGGCGGUGGGACCCCCGCUGCCAGCCGCCGGAGAGAGGGAGUUGGGCUGCAGCGAGGAGGGAGCGGGCGGCGAAGGUCUACAGCGGUGGGACGGAGAGGGACGGCAUCGCCUGUGGAGCAGCCGCGCCGGAACGGCCGGAGCAGGGGACUGGCCGCCCGUGAUGGAGCGGGAAGCGGGCAAGGCAGCGGCUGAAGGCGGGGACUGGAGUAUACAAGCCGAGGGCGGCUCCUCUCGGCGAUCGCAGCCUUCCACGUGGAAGUUGCCGAAAGCGCCCUGUGGCGACUGCACGCCUUCCAUCCAGUGCCUGGCCGGAGGACAGCGCAGCGCCGGUGGCGGCGGCAGCAGCCCGGACAACCCCCGCCCGCCGCGGGCAGCCGGCGCCUGGCCCUCGGCGCUGAGCGGCUGCUCCCUCAGCACCAGCCGCAGGAGCCCCGGCUCCGCACAUGAUGUAUUCAUGAUAAAGACACGACACGUAGAAAAUAACAACUUGGCAAAUGGAUUCCAGAUGAGUGGCAAAAAUAUGCCAACCAACUUGACUCCAAUUCUGUACGAUUAUUCCGAAGAGGAACUAAUGGCCAGCAUUGAAAAAGAAUAUAGCUGACCAAAAAUGAAAGGUUGUCCAUUAGACAGAAUCCAUGCACUUUGCCGAAGUGAACAGGAAUGCCUUUGAACAUAUUUAGCUAUUUGCAGCAGUGUUGCAAAAUAUAUUAGUAAAGCAAUUGCUUUGUAUAUAAUUUUUUAAUAAAUAAUUGGUGUACAGAAA